AAUUAUUAUUUUCUCCGUUCUCCGUUAUGCGACUUGGGGCUCAAUCAAAAUAUUAAUCUGUCACGUCUGAAGGACAACGAAUUGCUUUGGGGGCCUCCUAUGUCAAUUGCUUUUUCCUGGCGCAAAGCAAAAUCACGCAUCUAAUGGCUAAUUCUUCUUGAAUUUUACUGUCUCGCACGAUGAGGAGACCCAGGAUCUAAUUCCGACGUGGAUUCCGACCUUUGGACUCUACCCUGAGGCGCCGGCAAGGUUCUUCCGAGAGGCUGCGAUGUCUACGGACUCGGCCGAGGACUCGGACGUAUCGAAAGGCAGCAAGGUGUGCGGCGUUUGCGGGGACAAGGCGUUCGGACACAACUUCAACGCCGUCACCUGCGAGUCGUGCAAGGCGUUCUUCCGCAGAAACGCCCUCAAAAACAAGGACUUUCGCUGUCCUUUCACGGGCAACUGCAGCAUCACGGCGGUGACCCGGCGCUUCUGCCAGAAAUGCAGGCUGCAGAAGUGCUUCGACAUCGGCAUGCGCAAGGACUGGAUCAUGUCCGAGGAGGACAAGCACCUCAAGAAAAUUAAAAUCGAGCAGAACAGAGCCAAGAGGCAGGACAAUCACAAACAACCAGACUCAAAUAGGCCUUCAAAGGUGAGAAAGCUGGAGGAAGAGGAAGAUUCAGCCGGCGGACUCGUCAUUUGCUCGCCAAACCACUCUCCAUGCCCGUCGAGUCCAUCGAGUUCCUCCUCCGUGGCCGUGAGCGUCAUCACGUCGCCGCAGCCGCGUCUGGAAGCGGCGGAAGGGACGCUGCCGGUGCCCGCGCAGCCCACGACAGGGGCCCGAGGGACGCUGGGGCUGGGCCCGCUACCGCUGCUGUCCUCGCUGAUCGGUCCGUCCUCCGUGGAGAACUCGUCGAGCGACUCGGCCGACCUGGUGAACGCGCGGACGAGGAGUUCGCCGCACGCCGACGAAAUAAAAUUCGAGCCCCUCUCGCCACCGGGGCUGCCCCCGCUGCCCACGGCCUUUCUUGCCACGCCCUCGCCAAACAACGACUCGUGCUCCUAUGAAGCACCUGCCGAACGAGCGCCACCCCCUCCACAAUCCUCAAGCAAAAGUGCGUUUUCUCCUGACUCGAUCGAGUCGAUUUUAAGUGAGGCGAUUAAACUGGAAUUCGAAGCUUACGGAGCUCGAGCAGCAGCUAAUAACAACCGACCGCUGAACGAGUCGGAACGGGCAAAGCUCAACGAACUGGUGGUGGCCAACAAGGCGCUGCUGGCCCCCUUGGACGACGACCUGAAUGCCCUCGUCGGUGAAGACUCAAAGUUCAGCGACGGCCAGGGACCGAUGCUGCUAGACGUGAUUAAUCUUACCGCAAUCGCCAUCAGGCGGCUGAUCAAAAUGGCCAAGAAGAUCAGCGCCUUUAAAAACAUGUGCCAAGAGGACCAAGUCGCUCUGCUCAAGGGCGGCUGCACCGAAAUGAUGAUUCUGCGAAGUGCCAUGACCUACGACCCCGACAACGCCGCUUGGAAGAUUCCGCACAGCCAGGAGCGUCUCAACGUCAGGGUCGACGUGUUGAAGGAGGCGCGAGGCAACAUUUACCAAGAGCACCAGCGCUUUCUGCAAACCUUCGAGGCUGCCUGGCGGAACGACGAGAGCAUCAUGCUGCUGCUGGGUGCCAUCACCCUUUUCACGCCUGACAGAGCGAACGUUGUCCACCAGGACGUCAUCAAACUAGAGCAGAAUUCUUACUACUAUCUGCUGCGGCGCUAUUUAGAAAGCAAGUUCCAAGGCUGCGAAGCGCGUUCUGUCUUUCUGAAGCUCAUUCAGAAGAUGGCAGAGCUGCACAAGUUGAACGAGGACCACGUGCGUGUUUACCUGGACGUGAAUCCGCGCGACGUCGAACCCUUGCUCAUUGAAAUCUUUGACCUGAAGCAGCGCUAACCUCGCCCAAUUAAAUUAUUGUACCUGACUCCAAAAACGCCAGUUUCGUGAUCUUGACGUCUUCGCCUCCGUGUGAUAGUUUUUUGUUCUUUAUUUGACAAUUUCGACUCGGAAAUUAAUGCAGCUGUAAAUGCGGAACCCUUUCUCAAAACAGUUCCUUUAAUUGCAGGCAAUUCUAGAAGGAUUUUCCAAGCAUUUAAAGAGGCAAACCUUUUUAAAAGCGUAUUUGGCUCUUAAAUGCCGUAUUUGACGAAAUUAAUGAGCUCACCAAUCGAUUCCUGAGGGUCGAAUUAGGUUAAGGGAAUGU